UAUACAACAUGAUGAAAUUAUUGGUUUUGUUCAGUUUCUUGGCGUUGGCCCAUUCAGCACCACAAGGACCGAAGGACGACAAUGUGCAGCUCUUGAAAUUCGACAGUGAUAAUGACGGACUCGGUUCUUACAGGUUCCUAUACGAGCAGACUGACGGAUCAAAACGUGAUGAGCAAGGCGAGGUCAUUAAUGUAGGGACUGAUGAUGAAUCUAUAGUAAUUAAAGGAUCAUAUUCUUGGGUGGCACCAGAUGGUAUCACAUACACCGUGACAUACAUCGCAGAUGACAAAGGCUUCCAGCCAUCUAUAGAGCAAGGCCCCGGUGGUGCUAUACCAUCGUCAGUAAUAGCAUCGCUUGUUGGAUAAAGAAUUAUCUGAGUUUACUAUAUGAUAUCGUAAUAUUAGUAUU